ACAGUACAAACGUAAUUCGCGUAUUAAUAAUUACAAAUGACAGAUAUAUCGAAAUUAACCGGUCUGCCCGUUGAAAGGUUAUGUUGAAGAUGAAAAAACUGCAAAAAAUAGUAAGCCAUAGAGUCCAUUUGUUACGCCGUUUUACAAGUCAUCAUUGCAUGUAUGUAUCCGGUCCGUGCGUGCGUUUGUGUGUUAAAAAAUUAAAUAAUACUCCGGCGACCAUUUUCCCUAAAAACGUUCAUAAAUUGACCAAUUCUUCAACAGCAGUUAUCAGUCGGCUCGAAGUAAAACUUGAGUGUAACAAAAGGGUUAAAAAUUGAAAGAAAAGUCACAUUAGAAGACGAGAAACGUGAUACGGAUUGGCCGGCCUUGGGGCCUUCAUCUGAAUAGUUUAUACAGUGACAAGACGACGCUUCAAGUUCGUGCUUAACAGAAAGGUCAGCGCUUCCUUCAAAUGGGUCCUGCAUUAAAUAUGAUCCCUCGGGGCCGGGUUUUCUUCAGUCCUAAAUCAGAUAUCACCAUGGAAUUAAGAGUCCUGAUUCGCUUGGUUUUCAUAUUGACACUGCUGGAACUGGGAGAAUCUCUCGAGUGUUAUGUUUGUCACAGCAGACAGAAUUCGGAAUGCGGUGAUCCCUUCCCGCAGGGAAACACCUCCGGAACGAUCGUGACAUACGACUGUAUGCAUGUGAGAAACGUCGGGGUAGGAGCAGUGGCCACUUCUCUGGCACUUGGAGGACUGCAACCGCAGUAUUCACCGCUGCAGCCACCGCCGCAUUAUUGUUUCAAAAUGUCAGUGGGAGAUUUGGCGAUUCGCGGAUGUGGUAAAGCUGAUAUUUGCCAGAACAUCACCGAUUUCUGCGAGACGUGCGACAGCGACGGAUGCAACAGCGCGGUGAAUCUGCACAACGCUGUGUUCCGCUUUGGGUGUCUGACGCUGGCAAUUCACAUUCUCCUGGAUCUUUUGAAGAACGUCCAGUGAUCCAGGGCACGAUUUUUAUGCACUCGCCAAUUUUGAAAUAGUCAUGAAUUUUUAUGAUGAGUCCGUUGUGAAAACAAUACCAUAAUUAUUUACUACUCAUCAAUUAAAGUUAUUAAACAUAAUUUAAUGUUCAGGAAGUCCUUAGUGAUAAGAUGUCCAUUCGGAUUAUUUGUCCGUUCCGCUGGUUUAUAUCAAAGCACUAUCAUCGUUUUGGAGGGUUCACAACAAAUGUUUCUGUAGUUUGGUCGUUUUUUGAUCAAUUCUCCAGCCUAUUUCAGGCAUGUUUCAGAUUCUCGGCACUUCUAGUGCUGGAUAGACAUGUCUCACCCUGCUUAUAACCUUGAUUGCAGAUGGCGAAAAGCCGAAAACUGUCUGCCAGUCCAAAACAUCGAGGAUACGCAGACAAAAAUGAUCCGAAACCAAACUACAGGAGUAUUCAUCUCACAAACCCAAAAAAGUAAUCUCACAAUUUAAAUUAUUUUCGUCAAUCCUUUCUAAGUUCUUUACCAAAUGAAUUCAAUUUCGCAAAUUUCAUAUAUUUGAAAAGUUUACAACAUUUGUUUAGAAUAUAUUUACUCAUUUUACUAAUUUAUAAAGAAAACAAAUAGAAUUUUCCAGUUAUUUUUCAAUAAGCACAAAAAAAUAUUAUCAAAGAAAGUAGCAGUCAUAUAUGUAUAUUCUAUCUGCAAUGUAAUAAAAAUAGUUUUGCAAAUGUAUAGAACGUAGAUGAACACUUGUACACAUAAUAUGCACUUUCACAUUAAAUAAAUAUGUUUAUUAUUUGGUUUAUAACGUUAUUGAAUGUUGUUAUAAACAUUCUUAUUCAUCAGAAUAAUUGUUCCCUUUAUGGCCAAAUUAUAUAGCUUCUCUGUACGUUUUACACUUGUAUGUACAUGGUCAUAUUGAUUAAUUAUAUAUGGAAUC